CAAAUGGCGGAGUUCACUUCGCUCAGAAGUCAGUGAAUGAAGAGAAGAGGAGUAGCCCACUCUCUCUGCCUUCUCCCUCAGACACAGGCGCUGGCUGAAUCUUCCAGUAAUAGUCUGAAACGCUGAAUAUCUGUCAGAAUGAGUCGGUCGUACAACGACGAGUUACAGUUUCUCGAUAAGAUAAACAAGACCUGCUGGCGAAUCAAGAAGGGCUUCGUCCCAAACAUGCAGGUGGAGGGUGUGUUCUAUGUCAACGAUUCUCUGGAGAAGUUGAUGUUUGAGGAGCUGCGAAAUGCAUGUCGUGGAGGAGGCUUUGGAGGGUUUUUGCCUGCUAUGAAGCAAAUUGGAAAUGUGGCAGCCCUGCCAGGAAUUGUGCACAGAUCUGUGGGCCUUCCUGAUGUUCACUCUGGAUAUGGCUUUGCAAUUGGAAACAUGGCUGCUUUUGACAUGAGUGACCCCACAGCGGUUGUCUCACCAGGUGGUGUUGGUUUUGACAUUAACUGUGGUGUGCGUCUACUAAGGACUAACCUGGAUGAGGGAGAUGUGCAGCCAGUGAAGGAGCAGUUGGCUCAGGCACUGUUUGACCACAUCCCUGUAGGAGUGGGAUCCAAAGGCGUCAUUCCAAUGAAUGCCAAAGAUUUGGAGGAAGCCCUUGAGAUGGGGGUGGACUGGUCUCUGCGGGAGGGCUACGCCUGGGCAGAGGAUAAAGAGCACUGUGAGGAAUAUGGCAGGAUGUUGCAGGCUGACCCAAACAAGGUCUCCUCUAAGGCCAAGAAGCGAGGACUGCCACAGUUAGGGACACUGGGUGCAGGUAAUCACUAUGCUGAGAUCCAGGUGGUAGAUGAGAUCUACAAUGACUAUGCAGCCAAGAAGAUGGGCAUUGAUCACAAGGGCCAAGUGUGUGUGAUGAUUCACAGUGGCAGUCGUGGUCUGGGACACCAGGUAGCAACAGAUGCUUUGGUUGCUAUGGAAAAGGCAAUGAAGCGAGAUAACAUCGUGGUAAAUGAUCGUCAGCUUGCUUGCGCUCACAUCACUUCCCCUGAAGGUCAGGACUAUCUGAAGGGCAUGGCUGCUGCAGGCAACUAUGCAUGGGUCAACCGCUCAUCCAUGACCUUCCUCACACGCCAGGCAUUCUCCAAAGUAUUCAGCACUACACCAGAUGAUCUGGAUAUGCAUGUGAUUUAUGAUGUGUCCCAUAACAUUGCUAAAGUGGAGGAGCACAUGGUGGAUGGUAAACAGAAGACACUGCUGGUGCAUCGCAAAGGCUCCACAAGAGCUUUCCCCCCUCACCACCCCCUCAUCGCUGUCGACUACCAGCUCACUGGUCAGCCUGUGCUCAUUGGUGGCACAAUGGGCACCUGCAGCUAUGUGCUGACAGGCACCGAACAGGGGAUGACGGAGACGUUUGGUACCACCUGCCAUGGCGCUGGUCGAGCACUGUCCCGAGCGAAAUCCCGUAGGAAUCUGGACUUCCAGGACGUUUUGGAUAAACUAGCAGACAUGGGCAUUGCCAUCAGAGUAGCUUCACCCAAGCUUGUCAUGGAGGAGGCUCCGGAGUCCUACAAAAAUGUGACAGAUGUGGUCAACACGUGCCACGACGCAGGCAUCAGCAAGAAAGCCAUCAAACUCCGACCCAUUGCUGUCAUUAAGGGAUAAACAUAGAUGCUUCAUGCACAUCACUACAGGGUUAAACCCAGAAAACGCUCACAUGAGCCAUCAUCAGAAACUGCAGAGACAAGGCCUCAUCAUGCCAAGCACUUCAGAAGGAGCAACUCCUGCCUUGGGGCUUCUGCACCGUUUAUUGGGACUGGCCUUUCAACAUGUGUGCCUAACACUGCACAGAAAAACAAAGCUCAGAAGAUGAGGAAAAGAUGAAUAUUUUGUUUACCUAAAGGCUUUACUAUUAUGAGGUCUGUGUGACUAAUACACUUUUGUUUGUGGUAUUAAAGGUGCAGUUUGUUGGGAAAUAAUAAAUUAAAGUGAAAGCAGCAAUAAAUGAACGAUUGCUGUGCUA